AUGCCACUCAUAAUCCUAACCGGAUACCCGUGCUCUGGUCUUACCUACCGGGCCAAUCAACUCUCCACCCUGCUUGAAGACCUCCAAAACCGCCUCCACCCUCCAUCACAAGCUUCCGAAGAGGUACCACAAGUACAACAGCAAAAGGGUCGCUAUAAGAUUCACAUUGUCACAUCGCAUGAUGUUUCCCAUCCGCGAACGGUUUAUGAUGCGGCGCGUUCUGAAAAGGAAGCCCGCGCCGUUGUGUACGGGCGGGUGAAGAGGUUACUGGGAAAGGAUAGCAUCGUAAUCGUGGAUGGGAUGAACUACAUCAAGGGGUGGAGAUACCAACUGUGGUGUGAGAGUAAAGCGGCAUCGACGACGUGCUGCGUGGUGCACGUUGGAACGCCGAUAGAUCAGUGCGUCAAGAAUAACGAAGCACGUCUCCAGAAGGUGCAGAAUGGGGAUGAUGAACUGAAGCAAAACUCGCAAGGGCCAACGUCCCAGAGCGCCGAGGAGAUUCCUACGGCGAAGGUGACAUAUACCCACGACGAUGAACCCUAUCCGCCUGAACUCUUACAAAAUUUGAUCUUCCGCUUUGAAGAGCCGUCCACGUCAAGUCGCUGGGACAAGCCACUAUUUACUGUUCCUUGGUCCGAUCCCACACCACCUAUAGAAUCAAUUUGGGCUGCAUUAACGGGCCAAACAAUAUCCAACGCAUCUACUGCCUCCUCUUACCUCACCAUCACGUCUAACCCUUCGAGUCUUUCAGAGCAAAAUUCAUCUACAUCAGUCCGCGACACUGCUUCCACGGCAACUACGACGCCGCGCACCCGCGUCUCUCGCCCCAAAAUCGUUCCUCAUCAAGCAACGAUGCAACCACCCACCACCGACCCCGGCGCCCUUUACGCCCUCGAAAAGCGCACAUCCGAGAUCGUCACUCACAUACGCAAUUUCACCCAAACCCACCCUACAAUUUCCUCUCUCGGUGUCUCGAGUACACUGACCGACCAAACAGCCCCUGGGAUAUCCGUCCCUAUCCCAGACAUCUCUAUACCCGUAUUUAUUCCUAGCACUGCUCUCGCUGCAUCACCAACAGAAGAACUUGCUGGUGCAGGAGGAGUAUUGGCGCUGCCACGACUUCAGAGGCUAAGAAGACAAUGGGUGGGAAUGAACCGGGCGUAUCUUGGGCAAGGCCAUGGGAAAGGUCCGGGAUCGAUGGGAUCAGAGCAAGUAGGCGAGGCGUUUGUGCGAUUUUUAAAUGGCGAGUUUGAGGGGGUGGAAUAA